CAUUACGCAGUUGAUCGUCGACUGUUGUCGCUGGGCGUCCUUGUCGCGAGUGCGCAAAACGUUUACGCGGAUCAACUUUGACGUACUACGUAUUUAACCUAAAAGUACCAUUCGGCAGUGUUUGUGACCGCCCGUGUUUAUUUAAACAAUAUUUUUAAUUUUUGAGUAAAAUACAGGACAGUGUAUUUCGAAUUAAAUAAAUAAUACCACAAUUAUAUAAUCAUGGAUAAACAAGAAAUAUGUGAUUACUUCAACGGUAUUAUUAAAAAUGAAAAAGAUGUUUCCGCUGGAAUGGCUGCUAUUCGGACGUUACUCAAAGUUUUAGAGUAUUCAAAGUCAGAGACAGUCCAGGAACUUAGGUAUUGCUUACAAAAUGCGAUAGAUGCGAUGAGGUCCACGGAUAAUCCUGUUACUGCCAUCGCAUCUGGCAGUGAAUUGUUUCUUCGUUUCAUAACCUUAGCAACAUUGGAUACUUCGUCGAUUGCAGAAUGCAAGGAUAUUAUGCUUCAUAGGGGAAAAAUGUUUCAUGAAAAAUUAGUGGCAGCUAGAGGAAAGGUAGCAAAAGUAGCUGCCCAUUUCAUUACGGAUGGAUCUAAAAUCUUAACACAUUCGAAAUCUAGAGUAGUAUUACAAGCAAUGACAGAGGCUGCUCUCAGCAAUAAGAUAUUUGAAGUCUAUGUAACAAGUUCGUCUCCAGAUAAUAGUGGAAAGGAAAUGUGUCGAAAUUUAACCAAAUUAGGUGUAUCUUGUACACUCAUAUUAGAUUCUGCAAUGGGAUAUGUUAUGGAGCAGGUUGAUAUGGUCAUGGUAGGAGCAGAAGGUGUAGCAGAGAGUGGCGGUGUUAUCAAUAAGGUUGGCACAUAUACAAUGGCAAUGUGUGCCAAAGAAGUGAAAAAGCCUUUUUAUGUACUUACCGAAAGUUUCAAAUUUUCAAGAAUUUAUCCCUUAAACCAAGUUGAUCUACCAGAUGAAUUUAAGUAUACCGCGAACACAUUAAAAAAAGAUUUACGAAAGGAACAUCCGUUAGUCGAUUACACACCACCUCAUUAUAUUAGCCUUUUGUUUACCGAUUUAGGGAUUUUAACACCUUCGGCCGUAAGUGAUGAACUAAUAAAAUUAUAUUUGUAAAACAUGUGUACAGUGAGUAAAAUAAGUUUAAUCUUUUUUUUUUCUAAGAUUGUUGUACAUAAUAUACACUUACUUACAUAA